CUCUUAUCAGUUUAAGUUCAAACAGCUGUUGGGAAGUUUGGCUUGGUUAAGGAGGAGUCUUCAUGGCUUACCUGUUUUAAACAGACUGCGUUGAGCAGGGUCUCUGGGUGGCACUUUUAGAAGUGUAGGACACCACUACCCCAUCGAUCAUCAUGGAGCCAGAAAAGCUGCUGCAGUGUCCCUAUGACAAGAACCAUCAGAUCAGAGCGAGCAGGUUCCCUUAUCACUUGGUGAAGUGCAGUCAGAACAACCAGAAGAUUGCCAGAGACCUAGUGACAUGUCCCUACAAUGCCCGUCACAGAAUUCCCAAGCAGGAAUUCAACUUGCAUGUUGAACAGUGUGAGAGCAAAGUUGCUCCGGAGGUUUAUGGAGCUGGUGAAAUUCUUCAGAAGGGAAACAAAAAAUUGGUAGCUUACCAAGGCCCUCCUUCAAAGGAAGACUGGGAAGCUGAUGCUGAAAUUGCUCCUGCUCCUUUUGUUUUUGGCAUCAGCAAUAAGCCUCAGAGCUAGAUCCACGUCAUUCUUAAAAGGCUCUUGGAAUUACUGCAGGCGAAUGCGCAGGGAGUACAAAUCAAUACUGUACUCAACUCCAGAUGAAGACCCUGCAGAAGAAGCAGCCAACAUAAUCAAGCAAAGUAACUUGAGUUUUAAUUGUCAUUUUAAU